UAAUUACAGCCGAUAUAUGACACUUCCGUUCAUGCAUAAUUGUAACCGCAUAACUACAUGUGUUUGCAUGCAAAUAUAUUCAUCGUGAGUCGAGUACUUUCGUGUAUGCAAUAAGACAAGCUUUGAGCGUCGACACUCGCCAUCAAAGUUCGAUCGGACUGACAAGACCAAAAGAUGGGGAAAUUCUCGAAAAUUGGCGACGCUGUAGCGUCCGCAGUCUUUGUAUACAAUACAAGCAAGCUUGUAAACAUACGAAGCAGUCUCGUCGGUGUUAUGAAUCGAUUCAUACAGCUGUUGAUACUUGGCUAUAUUAUCGGAUACGCGAUAAUAUAUUCGAAAGGCUACCAGAAGUUUGACGAUGGUCUUAGUUCGGUUACGACAAAAGUGAAGGGAAUUGCUCAGACAAAUCUUUCCAUAGAUUACCCUGUCACGGUCCAAGGGAAAACAGUGUAUCGCACUUUGGAUCAAGGACCGAGGACCUGGGAUUCAGCUGAUUACAUCCACCCGGCUGAGGAAUACGAUGCGGUCUUUGUAAUGACAAACAUGAUACUAACACCUGUACAAGUGCAAGGAAAAUGUCCCGAAUUUGGCGUCAUCGCAGCAAGGUGUAAAAAUGACUCUGAAUGCGAUGUUGGCAAGGUUCCAAAAAAUGGCCAUGGUGUAAUGACGGGAAAAUGUGUGAAGCCAGACCGCCCUGCGUCAGCUAACUACUCAGUGUGUGAAAUACAAGCGUGGUGUCCAGUUGAGAAUAAUGAACUGCCAAUGCAAGGAACAAAUUUUGGGAAACGCCUUACGACUAAAUCCGUUAUUUUUGACGAAGCCGUGGACUUCACAAUCUUCAUCAAGAACACAGUUCGUUUCCCGAAGUUCGGCGAAUCAGUGCGAAAUAUCAAUGAGGAACACGGUGACCCAGAUUACUUGAAAGGUUGUCUGUACAGCCGUGACGAACACCCGCUCUGUCCAAUAUUUUCACUAAGAACAAUUUUUGCUGAAAUUCCUGGCACGACUUUCAAUGAUACGGCUCUCAAGGGUGGUGUUAUCGCGAUAAAAAUAUCUUGGGAUUGUAAUUUGGAUUUUGACAAGAGUGAGUGUGUUCCAAAGUAUUCUUUUGUGAGAAUAGACGACCCAACGUCAAAGAAAUCUCCGGGGUACAACAUAAGAAUUGCACAAUAUGACAUAAGCGACAUAACUCAUGAACGAAGAACUCUGAUCAAAGCGUACGGAAUACGGUUUGUUAUCCUGGUUGAUGCUCAGGCUGGAAAAUUUGACAUCGUGCCUCUGCUACGAAAUUUUGGUGCUGGUUUAGGAUUGCUUGCAUUGGCAACCGUGCUCUGUGAUAUUUGCGUUCUUUAUUUCCUGAAGAGGAGACAGCUCUACAGAGACAAUAAAUAUCUCUACGUUGAUCCGGAGAAGGGAGAAAAUCAGCAAACUGAGAACAAGUUUCAAGACUCGAAUGACAAUACAAAUUAUGCAAUGUUUUCCAACGAAUGAUAGAGGUAACAUGAAUGCGGAAAAAUGGGUAGAGCUGGGACUGGGAACUAGUAAUAAACGAAGUGAUAAGUGGUCUAGUUUUCUAAAUUUUAACUGUUGAAAAAUAAUCCACAAUUAACCCAGACCAUUUUAACUGCUAACGAUUUUCGAUCUCUUGUCCAGUCCUAAUAUUAUCUGGCUAUAAGACGUAGUAAUUUCCUCCGUCUUGAAGCCAGAUUUUGAUUGGCUGAAGAUGAAACUGACGUAAGCAAGUCUAAUUUUGUAGAAAUCUCAAGACUUUAACUAAAAAAGAAAUAUUCAAAUAUUUUAAUAGCUAUGAUUUGCCGUUUUUAACUCUAGGCAAAUAUCCAUUUAUUAUCAGUUAUCAUUCCAGUUUAACUUGAGAGAUCACUGCCUAUAGGUAGGUAGGGAAAAUGAGCCGUGUCUCACUGCAGCCAGCCUGGGGUGAGCCUGCAGUAUACUCGGAAUGCAAUAAAAAUGCGUUUUCUUUUAACAACAAAACAUUGACAAUAUUCGAUUUAUAAAAUGAUAUUAUAAAAUUUCAACAGAACA